AUGUCCCACCAAGACUCCUCGGCUCCCACCGGUAGCCUGGUCAGCCAGGGCACCACUAACGCUGGUUACAGCUCCAACACGGUGCCGAUGAUCGCCCAAAGAGAUUCCAGGGAUAGCUGGAGCAAAAAGAUGGAUUUUCUCUUGUCUGUAAUUGGUUUUGCGGUGGAUCUAGGCAACGUGUGGAGGUUCCCUUAUAUCUGUUAUCAAAACGGAGGUGGUGCUUUCCUCAUCCCCUACACCCUGAUGGCUAUCUUUGGGGGGGUCCCCCUCUUCUACAUGGAGCUUGCAUUGGGGCAAUUUCACAGGACUGGAGCCAUCUCCAUCUGGAAACACAUCUGCCCCAUUUUUAAAGGGAUCGGAUUCGCUAUCUGCAUCAUCUCUUUGUACGUGUCCUUCUAUUACAACACCAUCAUCGCCUGGGCACUGUACUAUUUCUACUCAUCCUUCACUAGCACGCUGCCCUGGACCAGCUGCGACAACGUCUGGAACACGCCCAACUGCACCAACUACUUCGGCACCAACAACAUCUCCUGGAACAACUACUCCCACUCCCCAGCCGAGGAGUUUUAUACGAGGAAUGUGCUGGAGAUCCACAAGUCAUCAGGGCUGCGCGGAGUGGGGGGGCUGCGCUGGCAGCUCGUGCUCUGCCUCUUCCUCAUCUUCACCAUCGUCUACUUCAGCCUGUGGAAGGGAGUCAAGACAUCAGGGAAGGUGGUGUGGGUGACAGCAACCCUGCCCUACGUGGUGCUCUUCAUUCUGCUGAUUCGUGGAGCCACCCUGCCUGGCGCUUGGAGGGGCGUCGUCUUCUACCUCAAACCCAAAUGGGAGAAGCUGCUUGAGACCAGGGUAUGGGUGGAUGCAGCAGCCCAGAUUUUCUUCUCUUUGGGUCCCGGGUUCGGAGUGCUCCUUGCCUUGGCGAGCUAUAACCCUUUCACCAACAACUGCUACCGAGAUGCCAUCGUGACCAGUCUGGUAAACUGCAUGACCAGUUUCCUCUCAGGCUUUGUGAUCUUCACGGUGUUGGGGUACAUGGCAGAAAUGAGGAACGUGGAAGUUGAGGACGUGGCAAAAGACAAAGGUCCCAGUCUCCUGUUCAUCACCUACCCUGAGGCCAUUGCUAACAUGGUGGGCUCCACGUUCUUUGCCAUCAUAUUCUUCAUGAUGGUGAUCGCCCUGGGACUAGACAGCACGUUCGGGGGUCUGGAGGCUAUUAUCACUGCUGUGAUGGAUGAGUAUCCUCAGCACCUGUUCAAGCGGCGGGAGCUGUUCGUGCUGGGGCUGGUGAUCGUGUGCUUCAUGGGCUCGCUCAGCACCCUUACCCAUGGGGGUGCCUAUGUGGUCCAGCUGCUCGAGACGUUUGGAGCGGGCUGUUCAAUCAUUGCAGUGGUUUUCUUGGAAGCCAUCGCUGUGUCGUGGUUCUACGGUAUCCAGCGAUUCAGUAAUGAUGUCAAAGCCAUGCUGGGCUUUGCUCCGGGAAUCUUCUGGAAAGUGUGCUGGGUGGCUAUCAGCCCUGCCUUCUUAGCAUAUAUAAUAGUGAGCUCCCUACUGGAUCGGCACCCCCUCAUACUGUUUGACUACAAGUACCCUGACUGGAGCACCACAGUGGGGUUCAUCGUUGGGACUUCUUCCUUCAUCUGGAUCCCGGUUUACAUGGUCUACAAGCUGGUGUGGACCCCCGGCUCACUCAAGCAGCGCUUGGCGGUGUGUAUGUGUCCUGAGAGGACAAUGCGAGACCCGCACACUGAUUCGCUCAGCAUGACUCCCGUCCCCUAAGCCAGGCAGGACCCCGAAUUGAAGGGAGGAUGCUUGCACCCAUGCGGGGAAGCUGCAGCUCCAGCGAUUAAGCAAAGAAGAGAACAUUUUUUUUUUAAAAAGACACUUUACAAAGAAACUCCAGCCAAGUCCAUCAUUUUACCAACAGAAGCUCAAUCACGGUGACUGCAGCCUUCUCGAGAGCUCAGCGAGAGACCUCGGGGAGCAGAAUGAAGAAGAGUCUGCCCAAGAAACAGAACACCCUCUACAAAUAGAAACAAAACAAAGAUAGGCCAUUCGCACUGGCUUCUGCUGUGCCAAAGUCCUGAACUGAAGUGUUUAAGUGUAUAUAUAUAUAAUUGUGCCAGUGUUUAUACUUAGGAAUGCUGUGUCUAGAUUACAGUAGUAUCCACUAUAAUGCACUGUUUAUCUUUCAAGCUUGUGAAAAUCUGCUGCCAAACAUUCCCUACAAAUGCUGAUAACUGGGGCCUGAAUUUUUGGCCAAAUAUGUAUAUAAUAUUUUACAAUGUAAGGUAUUGAAAUACAAUUAUCACUGCCAUCUUUUAAACAGAUAACAAGGUCAUGGAAACGCAGAAAUCCUUCGCAAGAGAUUUAGCCAAAAACACUUGCAAACAUAGCAGUAGCCUACUCACUAUCCUCAGCUAUGUUCCGCAAACAAUCCAUGGGGAAGGAGAAAUCAGUUAAAAGGUAAAAGUGCAGUAAAUUGGUGUGGUUAGACUAUUGACAAAUACACUGCACAGUCACUUCAGUUAGAAUGGUACCAUGCUGUAUAUUGUCAUUACAUGUAAUUGCAUUAUGCUCAAGGGAAGUCAGCAGCAUUCUCUCUCUCUUUCAUUCCUUAUAAAUAGGGUGCACUUCUUUUGCCCACUUGUCCAUUAGGGAGAUGGAAAUAUUAUACAGUGUGUGAUACUUAUUUAAUAUUUGUUGCAUACUUAUACAUAGAUUGUAAUACAGCCCCCUUUCAUAUGAGGAGAAAUAUAUUCCAUAUGCUGUAAGCGUUCUACGUGUAGCAACCCUAACGUGUUACUUUGUAACCUCUCCCUGUUUAUGACCUUGAAGAGUCAGAGCCUAGUCCUGUGUCUGUGGCUGCCAUGCAUAAAACGCAACAUUGUUAAA